UUGCCAUCUCCCGGUGUGCACCACCCCCCUUCCCUCCUCAAACCCCACCUGAAGGAUUACUCCUAGUGACUGUGUAAUGUUUGUCGGGGUCGCGGUGCCUCUCGCAUCGUAGCUGACCAUCGGGCUUCUUCUCCUUCCUCCUGCAAGCCAAACCUCGUGUGUUUAUCGCUGUGAGUUUUUUUUUUUUUUUUGGGUGCUGUGCUGGCUUCGCUAUGGAUGCGCUGUGGAUGGCACCGCUGCUGCUGGUCCCAGUCCUGAUGUGGACCAGCAGCACGUUUGUUUUCUAUUUCAAAAAGUGCUUUUACGUCGCCUGGAUGAUGAUGUUGGCUCUGAUUGCGAUACCCCUGUGCAUACUGAAGAGCGGAGGCAGGGACGUUGAAAACAUGAGGAUUAUCCGCAACCUGGUUCGUCAUGUAAAGUAUUUCCUGGGUCUUCGAUUUGAAGUGAGCGGCUGGGAGCAUCUGCAGACAAAGGGACCCUACGUCAUCAUCUCAAACCACCAGAGCUCCUUGGACGUUUUAGGCCUGAUGGAGAUCUUACCGGACCGCUGCACCAUGAUUGCCAAGAAAGAGUUGAUCUACGCCGGCACAGUGGGCCUCAUUUGCUGGCUGGGCGGCAUCGUCUUUAUCAACCGCAAGAAGACGAGCGAUGCCAAGAGCGUCAUGGCCGACGCUGCCAAAACCAUGUUGGACGACCAGAUUCGUCUGUGGGUGUUCCCAGAGGGAACGCGAAACCAGAGAGGCGACCUGCUGCCUUUCAAAAAAGGCGCAUUUCACCUGGCAGUGCAGGCACAAGCACCCAUCAUACCCAUCGUUUUCUCUUCCUACAGUAACUUCUACCUACGGGAACAAAAGCAGUUCAAUUCGGGGACCAUCACAUUGAAGAUCCUUCCAAAGAUCGAGACAAAGGGGAUGACGUCAGACGACGUGGCAUCCCUCUCUGACAAAUCCUUCAAUGUGAUGCGCUCAGCCUUCCUGGACAUCUCUAACUCCAUAACCCAUAGCAACGGGCCCCUGAGGCACUGAACAUUUACCAUUUUAUUCUCGCCUCUUCCUCUCCUAUGUCCCUGUCUGAGACCCACUCCUCCCCCAGACCUUCCCACUCCUCCCAGGUUGUCCCAUCACCUGGCCAGGAAACAACAUGACACAGGUCUCUUGUCAUGAAUUCUCUUGUCUAGUUGACGCCUGGUCCGGCCUGCCUCUGGCCUGACCGUACAGCACAGUCAGUCCCGACCCUCACCGUGUCUGCAGCAGCAGCGCUGCUCUGCACGCCGUGAGCGGAGUGACGGACGGCAAGCCGAACAGUAUGGAUGUGUGUUGUUCUUCAUGCAUGCCUUUUGGAUGGCUCUGUCCACCUUCAUCCUUGCUUUGUUCUCUGGCUUUGGAAGCCUGACUUUGUUAUCGUCACACUUUAUCGCCAUUUUAUACUCUUUGACCUCUUUUUUUUUUUUUUUCUUUCUCCUGCUUCUGCCUUGUGUUCAGCAUAUAAGUCUUGGCAUUUUUGCUUUUCUGUUCAUAAAUGUCACUGGAUUUUUAUGUUCUUCUCAUGCUGCCUUUUUGUUAUUAGUUAUUUUGGACGCUCACGUACGCACAGAAACAUAUACACAUACACACACAGGCAAAGUGUCCCAUCUCCUUCCUUCCUCUCCUUUUUAGUGUGUUGUCCCCCCACUCUGCAUUCCAGUCUCUUGCCUAAAGACAAAAGGAGCGGGGUCUCCACGAGCGGUGGAGUGUGCGGAGGUGGGAGGUCGCCCACCGGCUGACCUCGGACUUCUUUUAGUUUGUUGCUAUGAAUUCAACUCUAUAUCCACAUUGGCUCUUUAACUCUAUGACCAAUAGCUCCAUGACAUACUUCAUGAUGUCAGACAGCAAGGAAUUCAAGGUUACAAAACACAGUGUAUAACAAUAGCACCCACCUGUACUGAAUUAAUAGACUUGAUCAGUGUGUCCAUUGUUAGUGUAUCAUUGUGCUUUCUUUCAGUUUGUCUUCUCAAAAGAUUAGAAAUAACCUGCGUGCAGCAUUCAGCAAAUGUCUUUUUGCUGUAUUCUGUAUUUUUGCGCUCUAUUUAUUUCUGAACUGGAUAAUCUUGUUUUUCUUUGUUGUUGUUUUUUAUUUUUUUUAUUUUAAGGCGAUAACACGUUUUUCACUCCUCCGGAGGAACUCACAAGUGAACCUAUUUAAGAUGUGUCAAAAAGAUGAUCUCAUAAAGUGCAAUGUCCAACUGUUUUCACAUUACUGUUCCAAAGUGCAAGCUACCUGCUGUGCCAUGACAAAGGGUUUUAUUUUUUUUGAGAAGCUGCCAGCGUAAGCCCAUUAAUAGCUCACUAUGAUCUACGUAAUCAGUUAUCUAUUGACUGAUUUCCCCCUUUACCAUUGAUCAAAGGUAGUUCUUAUUGUAGAGAAGAGAGUAGAGAGAACUGAGGAAUGGUUCAGAUUUCAAAGCAUUGUUCCACUCAGUCUGUUUUUAUUUGUUCUAAUUAAUUUGAAGAUUUAUAAAUUACUAACAAACCUGGCAUACAUUAAGUCUACAUCUCCUGAAGAGUUAAAUUGCUUUAAAUAUGUUUUAUUAUUGAUUUGAAGAGUUUUAUGAAAGUAAAAUGAGUAACAUUGUUUUGGUUGUGAUGUUUCUGAUUCCGUUAACCUCGUAGAAGAAUAUUUGAUUAUUUAAAAAGUUGUGGAAAUGUUUGGCCUUAAGUCUGAUUGGUGGUUGUUGCACUUUGGAUUGUUCAGCUAGUAUGCUUUUUUUGGGUUAGAUUUAUGUUUUAUAACAUGUAGUAACGAUUACUUCUAUCCAUAUAGAAACUGACUGAAAUGGGUUUUUUUGGGUUUGUUUAUUUUUUUACAUCCAGGUCUUAAAUUUCAUAUUGCUCACUGCCUUUACAUUGUUUGCAAAAUCACUUAUUGCGCUGCUUUCACCCAUCAAACACCCAUCUGAGAAUGUAUUUCAGCAUUCAGGGUUAUUUGUGCAUCGCUAGUUGCAUCUUUUUUUUUUUUUUUUUUAAUAUUCUUUGAAGUUAUUGUAUUAAAGUGGGAUGUUGUCUUGGCCAUACAGUCAGUAUCAAAUCUAGGAAAAAUGUAUUUAUUUGAUCAAUAAAUGUUAAAAAUGUACACCUAGACUGACAUGUUGUGAACACAGACCUUCUGAGGAGAUGAGAAUGGAUUCAUCAAUACUUGGUACCAAGCCUGUACACUGCUGUUCAUAGUUGAGUGCAGCAGUAGUUUUAGUGAUACCUGACGGGCUCUUGGCUUUAAAUACAUGUGAUGGUCAGGGUUCAAUUUAUGUUCAAGGCCAGUAUAGUGGAGUUACUGCCCCUACUAAUCAUAAUUAAUCAAAGUAUCAGAGUAUUUUUUCUUAUCUAUAAGCAAAUUUUACCUUUGGAGCAAGUGGUUUGAAUGUUAAAAAGUACUAUUACCAAAU